AUGAAGGCAGCUAUAUUGAGAUCCCUUCUCAGGAGGAGCUCUACAGUAGCUCCAUCAUCAUCGUAUGUAUUGCGCCGUGGCUUUUCGUCAGAGUCGGCGCCGGAGCGGAAAGUCGCCAUUCUUGGAGCCGCUGGUGGGAUCGGCCAGCCGCUGUCUUUGCUCAUGAAGCUGAACCCGCUCGUCUCUAAGUUAGCCCUUUACGACAUUGCCGGCACCCCCGGUGUCGCCGCUGACGUCAGCCACAUUAACACCAGAUCUGAGGUGACUGGGUACAUGGGAGAUGACCAGCUAAAACAGGCUCUGGAGGGAUCAGAUGUCGUCGUCAUUCCAGCUGGUGUUCCCAGAAAGCCUGGUAUGACCCGUGAUGAUCUAUUCAACAUUAAUGCUGGCAUUGUCAAAUCUCUUUGCGCUGCCAUAGGCAAGUAUUGCCCAAAUGCACUUGUCACUAUGAUUAGCAACCCUGUGAACUCCACUGUCCCAAUUGCUGCCGAGGUCCUCAAGGGAUUAGGAGUAUAUGAUGAGAAAAAGCUGUUGGGCGUGACCACACUUGAUGUGGUUAGGGCCAAGACAUUCUACGCUGGCAAGGCCAAAGUCAAUGUGGCGGAGGUCAAUGUACCCGUUGUUGGUGGUCAUGCAGGCAUAACAAUUCUUCCAUUGUUUUCACAGGCCUCACCAAGAGCCAAUUUGUCUGAUGAAGACAUUAAAGCUCUCACAAAGAGAACACAAGAUGGUGGAACAGAAGUCGUCGAAGCUAAGGCUGGAAAGGGAUCAGCAACACUCUCAAUGGCCUAUGCAGGGGCUAUAUUUGCUGAUGCUUGCUUGAAAGGACUUAAUGGAGUCCCAGAUGUAGUGGAAUGUUCAUUCGUGCAGUCAACAGUCACUGAGUUACCCUUCUUUGCAUCCAAAGUGAGACUUGGGAAGAAUGGUGUAGAGGAAGUCCUAGGUUUGGGUUCGCUUUCUGACUUCGAGCAGCAAGGCCUGGAAGCUCUCAAGCCGGAGCUGAAAUCCUCCAUUGAAAAGGGAAUCAAGAUUCCUCGGCGUAAUCUUCAUCCGUAUAGGAACCAAAAUCAGGUUGGAACGACCUCUAGAUAUGUAGAAGAAGGGGAAGAAGGAGGAGGAAGAGGAGGAGAAGAACCAUCACCACCGCCGCCGCCGCCCAAGAAACGGUUGUUCUUGAAUUCAUCUGCUUCAUUUGAGGCAAGUGCUGAACAUGCAAGAUUGCGGGGAAAAAUGGAAGAGAAUACUCGUAGCCAACGAAUACCGUCAAGAUUAGGGCGGAGGAACCGUACUGGCGGCGAUAUAGUGGAAGUCCAAGGCGGCCACAUUGUACGGUCCACCGGGCGAAAAGACCGGCACAGUAAAGUAUGCACCUCAAAAGGACCCAGGGACCGCCGUGUACGCCUUGCUGCUCACACUGCUAUUCAGUUUUACGAUGUCCAGGAUCGGCUUGGCUAUGACCGCCCGAGCAAAGCAGUGGAUUGGCUCAUGAAAAAGGCUAAGCCCGCCAUUGAUGAGCUCGAGCAAUUGCCUGCAUGGAAUCCCACAAAUUUUUUGGCAGAAGAUGCUAUUUUGGAGCAAGAACAAGAACAGGCUCGUGUGGUGGACCCUAAUAUUGCAGGUUCUUCGAGUAAAAGGGCAAUGUCAAUGUUGGGAAACGAAAAUGGUCUGCAAGUGUUGCACCAGAGCAGUAAUGCGGAUCCCAACGCAAGUUUUCUUCCUCCGUCCUUGGAUUCGGAUUCCAUUGCAGAUACUAUAAAGUCAUUUUUCCCAAUAGGUACUUCAAGAACUAGUUGCCAGAGUCAGGAUCUGAGGCUCUCUUUGCAGUCAUUUCAAGAUCCACUUAUGCUCCCCCACCCCCACCCCCAACAGCCUCAGCCGCCGCACCACAAGAACCCCACCCACCACACUGAAGAAGCAUAUUCUCAGCCUCAAACCUCAUUCAAUGGAACCAGCUUACUGGGGUUUGAUGGCUCUUAUGCAGGGUUGUCUCAACACUAUCAGUACCAGCCCACAGAAAUAAGCCGGUUCCAGGGGCUGGCUCCUUGGAACAGUGGUGGAGAUAUCACCGGUGGGAGUGGUGGAGCAGCAGGAUAUCUGUUCACUUCGCAGCCAGUGCUGCAGCAGCUAUUAGGCCAAAGCCUUUUUUCUCAGAGGGGACCCCUUCAGUCCAGUAACACACCUUCAAUUCGUGCGUGGAUGGACCCAUCCACCAUAGGUAUUGCCACGGCUGACCAUAGCCAGAAUCAUCAUCAUCACAAUCCAGCAGCCAUGCCAAUUUAUUCAUCAUCAUUAUCUGGUGUUGAAUUCACUUCAACAGUAGGUGGAUUCUCCGAGUUUCAUAUUCCUGCACGAAUUCAAGCUCUCCUCUUCAUAAACAGGAUGUUAUCUGUUUGUCCAAUAAGAGAACCCUUAAAAAUUCAAGUACUUGCUGACUGCUGUUGUAGAUGA